CCCUCGGUCCACCAAACUAAUCAAGCUCGAGUGGUACAUCUUACCAAUUCACAGGAACUUCUUCCACCAAAUACUUGAGAGCAUCUCUAAUGGCGGCAUACGGAAACAUGAAGACGAAUCUGGUCCUAGUCCUAGUGACCAUGCUCUGGGCAGGAGCUGCAGCUCAGUCGAGUUGUACGAGCGUGAUCAUCAGCAUGUCACCGUGCCUAAACUAUAUUACCGGCAACUCCUCAACCCCGUCUUCAGGAUGUUGCACACAGCUUGCCAGCGUUGUCCGUUCACAACCACAGUGCUUGUGUGAGGUUCUUAAUGGCGGUGGCUCUUCACUGGGGAUCAACAUCAACCAAACUCAGGCUCUAGCCCUACCUGGUGCUUGUAAUGUUCAGACCCCGCCCCUCAGCCGCUGUAAUGCUGCUUCACCACCAGCUGACUCUCCCGCAGGAACACCAGAAUCUUCAAAUACAAUUCCUUCAGGAAGCGGAUCUAAAACUGUGCCAACUACACCAGACGGUACAUCAGCGGGAAGUUCCAUCAAGUUGUCAAUUUCUCAUCUCUUCUUCCUUCUUUGUGCGGCAACAUUUGCUUCAACCUUCGCAACAUACUAGCUUCAACCCUCACAGUACUGCAUUCCUACCUAGUUUUGAUUUGAUUGUACUGUAUUCUACAUUUAUAAUUAGAUUGGUCGGUUCACGUUUAUUUAUUGUUUGUGACCGCUUCGGGGGUUAAUAUGGUUUUGUAUUACUGAGGAGACAUCUUGCUCUCUUCCCUUCUCAAUAAAGAUGGUUUCUGGCUUA